GUCUUCUAUCUUGCAUUUAAGGUUCAUCAUUCUUUUGUUCAACUCAUCUUUUCCAUCACAUUCUCAUUAUCAUGUUCAAUGUUUGAGUUAAUUAUAUUUGAAAUCAUUGGAAUCCUAGACCCAAGCACACGAUUUUUCUAUUGGAAAUUUAUUCUCUAUUUCAUGUUAUUUAUCAUAAUUCUUAUCCUACCUUUGUACAUGAGCUAUUUCAUACUUUGUAAUAUCACAUUUGUAGCUAAAAGAUACAUCAAGCCCAUGGCCUUCUUAGUUUGGUUAAUUUUUAUAUUUCUAUUUUGGAAAAUUGGAGAUCCUUUUCCCAUAUUAAGUCCUAAACAUGGAAUAUUCUCAAUUGAACAAGGAAUAAGCAGAGUUGGUGUUAUUGGUGUUACCCUGAUGGCUCUACUUUCUGGGUUUGGUGCAGUCAACUAUCCUUACACCUCGAUGACUUACUUUAUGCGAGUUGUCACAUUAGCAGACGUUACCUCAUUAGAGAAAAAGCUGCUUAGAACAUAUGAUUUGAUUGCAAUGAAAAAGAAACGAAUUAUUCUAAUUGAAAAAGAUAGUCGUUCACCAUCAUCAACAUCUUUAUGGACAAGUGUGAUUCAAACAUUCUCAUCUUCAGGCUCUGAAAGUGUAUCACAACUGCGAUCUGAUUGCAGAGCAUUAGAAGAGCUUGCAAGGCAAUUAUUUUUAGAGUUGGUCGAUAUGAAAGCUAUGCAGCUUCGUAUGGAAUGGUCUAAGACAUUUAAAGGAAAAUACUUCCACUUUGUUGGCUAUUUUUUCUCUCUUUACUGUAUUUGGAAAAUUUUUAUAUCAACAAUCAAUAUUGUAUUCAACCGGGUUGGCCGUGUGGAUCCUGUAACUCGCGGUAUACAAAUUGCUGUUAAUUGGAUUGGAUUAGAGAUUGAUGUUAAGUUUUGGUCACAACAUGUUUCUUUCCUUCUCGUUGGAAUUAUUGUUAUUUCUUCUAUUAGAGGUCUUUUAAUCACUUUAACUAAAUUUUUCUAUGCCAUAUCAAGCCCUAAAUCAUCAAAUAUAAUUGUCUUAGCUCUUGCAGAGAUUAUGGCAAUGUAUUUUGUAUCCAGUGUUGUACUCAUGAGAAUGAAUAUGCCACUCGAAUACAGAACAAUUGUUACUCAGGUUUUAGGUGAUUUACAGUUUAAUUUUUACCACCGUUGGUUUGAUGUAAUAUUUUUAGUCAGUGCUCUUUCUAGCAUUGGUUUUCUCUAUUUAGCACACAAACAAAGCAGCAAUAAAGAACUUUAAUUAUUUUA